AAGGCCCUCAACUAACUGCUGGGUCCCUCCCUCGCAACUGAGCUACCUGAACCAUUUUUGGCCUUCAGCGUCUCGGUCUGCAACCCCUCGUGAUCCUCUGACUCUCUCUCCUCUUUCUCUUUCUCUCUCUAAACGACAAUGGCGGAAGCGGACUUUCUCUCUGCUUUAUUACCUAACGCUCUUCCAUUUUUCAACAUAUAAUAUGUAAAUGUUAACCAAUACCAGUUCGUUGAUUCUUCUUUCCAUUGACUUAAUCGUCUUCGUUUUUCUUCUUUCUCGGGCCCCCUUUUUUCUCUUUCGCCAUUCUGGGCUUGAUUUUCGAUUGGGUUCUGAAGCUAUGAAGUGCUUCCACUUCACGAAUGGCGAGAGAAGGGACGACGAAGACGGCGUCGUUUCUAGAGCUUCGAAGGUCUCCUGGGCGCGCUCCCUGAGUAUGGCUUCGAGCACCUUCGAUACGAGGCGCUCUGAGUUCGACUCCGACUAUUCCAGGGAUGUUUCCGACUCGAUUGGGUUCUAUGAGUUUUUGACUCAGCGGAGGGCUAACGAUCUGCGGGUUUUUUCUUUCUCCGAGUUGAGAUCGGCCACUCGAGGGUUUAGCAGGGCGCUGUUGAUUGGCGAGGGGGGAUUUGGUUGUGUUUUCAAAGGACUUGUUAGGGCUUCUGGAGAUGAUGAGAAUGGUGGCUCUGUGUCUGAUUUGAAGAUGGAGGUUGCUAUCAAACAGCUUAAUCGCAACGGCUUCCAGGCAUGUAUUCAGGGGCACAAGGAGUGGAUCAACGAGGUGAACUUUCUGGGUGUGGUGAAGCAUCCGAAUCUUGUAAAAUUAGUCGGAUACUGUGCAGAGGAUGAUGAAAGGGGCAUGCAAAGGCUUCUGGUUUAUGAGCUCAUGCGCAACAGAAGCCUGGAGGACCAUCUGGUUCGAGUUUCUUCACCAUUGUCAUGGUUGGCAAGGCUUAAAAUUGCUCAGGAUGCAGCUCGAGGUCUUGCAUAUUUACAUGAAGAAAUGGAUUUUCAGCUAAUUUUCCGCGACUUAAAAGCAUCAAAUAUCCUGAUAGAUGAAGAAUUUAAUGCAAAGCUUUCAGAUUUUGGACUGGCCAGGCAGGGUCCUCCCGAAGGAAUCAGUCAUGUGUCAACAUCAGUUGUGGGUACAAUAGGCUAUGCAGCUCCAGAGUAUGUUCAGACUGGAAGGCUGACUGCAAAGAGCGAUGUGUGGAGCUUCGGGGUGGUUCUCUAUGAACUCAUUACAGGUCGACGAGCCGUGGAGAGGAACCUACCGCGCAACGAACAGAAGCUUUUGGAAUGGGUUAAACCAUAUGUCUCUGGCCCUAAGAAAUUCCACCUCAUUAUCGACCCACGGCUUGAAGGAGAAUGUGACAUCAAGUCAGCACAGAAACUUGCAUCACUGGCCAACAGAUGCCUGAUGAGGCAGCCUAAGAAUCGCCCUAAAAUGAGUGAGGUUGUUGAGAUUCUUGGAAACAUCAUCACUGAAUCAUGUCAAGAUGAAACAAUUCCUCAACCCAUCGGCGAAACUGACGAAACGAAGGAGGAAACUCUCGAGGAUACCGACGUUGAGACCACUACCCGGCACAGAAAUAGUCAUCUGAAGAAGGUUUUUGAUUUCAGAGAUAUAGUAAACUUGAGAAACAAAUCUUUUGGUAAGUUAGAUUGGAGAAAUUGGACUCCUGGGUUGGUGAGAACUUGGUGACAAGCCAUGCUUAUUCUUUUCCCUCCAUUUUCACUGGUUUUGGUAUACCUGUAAAAAUCAAAGGAAAUAGUAGAUUUGAGUUCGUUGAUUCAAAAAUUUCGCCUUCACUGCUUAAUGGAUAAGACACUAGUUACAUUUUUCGAAA